UAUAGCACCUAAACGCGCUUAUCUCUUUUCCAUCACUGAGCCUCCUUUCAUUCUAAGUUCAAGUUUCACAACUCAACUUACAAAUGGCCGGACGUAUCAAGCUUGGAUUGUGGGGUGGAAAUGGAGGAACUCUUUGCGAUAUCGAUGGUCAUCCUAUACGCUUGACAAAGAUUGUAAUUCGUAGCGGCCAUGUGAUCGAUUCACUCGCAUAUGAGUAUGUCCAAGACGGGAAGACAUUUUCAGUUGGCCCCUGGGGAGGUUCUGGGGGAACAUCCACCACGAUCGAAUUUCAACCUGGCGAGUUUCUGAUUAUAAUAGAUGGCAACUUCGGUGAAUUCGAAGGCUUCAAUGUGGUGAGGUCGCUCACUUUUAUCACCAACGUUCGUCCUUACGGGCCAUUUGGAAUUGAGGACGUCGGAACUCCCUUCUUCAUUCCUGUUGCCAGUGGUCGGAUUGUUGCCUUCUAUGGACGUUUUGGCCAAUAUGUUGACGCGAUCGGGAUGUAUCUUACGCCCAAUUGAUGUUCCACUCUCAUGCUCAUCAUCUUCGUCGAGGACCUAGGGGUUUAAAUAUUUAUGUGCAAUAAAGUUGCCAAUAGUAUGGCCUCACGUAUUAUUAUUCUGUAUAAUAUUUCAAAAAAUAAAAGUUGAUGAGCUACUCUGUUUAUGAGAGAAUGAUGAGCCUAUUAAUUGGAAUGUCUUUACUCUUACUGUGCCA